AUGCAGAGUCUGCCCUUCUCCAUACCAGUUCUCAGCAUCCUCCUCGCAUCGUCGUUGGUUGCCAGCUUAGACGCCGAAGAGGAGCCAUACGUUUACGAGGACUUUGGACGCUGCCACUUGGUAGGAGCUUGUCGAAGGACAAGCAUAGUCAACGGGACCUGGGAGGACAGCGGUAUCGCGUACAAACUAGAAAGGCUAUGUUUAGAGAGGGCGCAGACCUUCUUUCGAUGGUGUGGAAAUGAAGGGUGCGAAGCCGUCGAGGCAGUUUACCUUCCAACAGCAAGACGCCGCAGGUACCCAGAGGGUUGUGAGAUUCAGGGGACGAGAACACUUCAACAAGACCAGCAGCAAGACAUGCGCAAAGAUGAUGAUGAGGUAGACCGCCAUCUUGCCUCUGUUCCUUCCAAGAAUGCAGACAGCAAUCCUUUCAAGGCCUUCGAGGCUCUGCAGGACGAGACAAUGUUGCAGGUUGCUGAGAAGAAGGUACUGCUCGUCCGCAUCAACCCCUUCACUGGGUUUGCCAAUAGGCUCUUCGCAAUAGCCUCAAGCAUGAUUCUUUGUCUUGUUCUGGGGGACAGAGGGCUAUUGGUUGAUUGGCCGGUGGAUACUACUCCAAGGAAACAUCCCAACAGGGAGUUGUCGUUUAUGGGAGCACUUCACGAUCUCCUUGAUGUUCCGCACAUCCUCGAUUUCAACGUUGUUGUCACCAAACACGAUGGAGCGAAGUUUCACCAGGAUGUCAAGUUCUGGCAUUCCUUCCAUGACGACGACGAAAACUUCCUCUCGUUGCUGCGCACUGAGGAGGAUCUUAACCAGCACUUCCGAUCACGAGUGAUCCAAGUUUUCUCAUCCUACGGGUACUUCUACUCUCAUCUCAUCCUUGACAACCCGCAUCUGCGAGCCCCGCUAGAACGGAUGAUGGGGAGAGAGUGCUGCUUCUACCCAGUCCUCCAGUACUUGAUGAAGCCCUCAAAGAUAGUUGCGUUCAGACUGUGGAGAAUGAAUAGGAGGAUGCCAAGCCAUGCAAACUUUACUGGAGUUCACUUGAGAACUUUCUUGAUGAACGAAGAGACUCGUUUGACUGCGCUUCGCUGUGCUCUCAACCUUUCAGAGGGGAAGGAAGACGGCCGCAUCUCUAUCUUCUCAGACGCUGAGAAGGGCAUCCAGGAGGCGAACCGAUUCUUCGAAGGGCUUCACGGGGACAGAAAUGUUUCUGUCCACGUCAGCAGCGCACAUGGAAGAAGUUCCUUUGAUGAGGUGGUUGAGGGUGUAGCUUCGCUCUUUCAUCUAGCUCAGAGCGUUCGAAUGGUUGGAACCACGAACUCAACGUUCUUAAUCUUGGCCGCGAUGUUAUCGUGCAAGGAUCCGACUGGAACUGUUCGCCUUCAUCAUGUUCAGAACGGAAACUGCAUCGCUGUGGAAUGCAAGUUGCCUCCAGCACCUGUCCGAUGUGUCGAGGUCGGUGAACAGCUGUGUACACCGAAAUGA